AUGCAGAUUGUUUACGGCUCGAUCGCUCUCUUAUGCAUCUGUGUCCUAGCCUUCAACAGUGUUGAUGCUCGCUCUAUGAGAACGUACGCUGAUAGUGAUGAGAGCAGUGAAAUGGAGAGACGUGAUCUAUACGAAGCACUGACCGAUGCUCUUCUUGCUAGAAGCUCAAGACAUUUCCUGAAGGGUGGAGCUCGCAAACGCCAAGGCGGCAGCGGUUCCGGUGAUUCCGGCAGCGGUUAUGGCGGUUUCGGCAGCGGUUCUGGUGAUUCGGGCAGCGGUUAUGGCGGUUUCGGCAGCGGUUCUGGUGAUUCCGGCAGCGGUUAUGGCGGUUUCGGCAGCGGUUCUGGUGAUUUCAGCAGUCUUUAUGGAGGCUCUGGUAGUGGCUCAGGCUAUCGUCGCAGUGCUGUUGAUGGUUCUGGCAGUGGAUGGGAAAUGCUGCUCAGUCUUCUUGGUGGUUCUGGCAGUGGCUCCAGCAAGCGUCGCCAUUUCAAUCCAGUUGCCAAUUAUAAACGCCAACAACAACAACAACAACAAUAUUACCACAAACGAAAUUACGAUGGAGGAUAUAACGGCGAUCUCGACGAUUAG